AUGAGGGACUCUUACUGGGACCAGCGUCAAGGCGAGCGAAUUCGUGAGCAACCCGAAGCAAUGUUUCGGCGCGGACUCUUGAAAGAACAUGAGCAGGUGAUGCCUUUUCGUGCCAAACCUGUUCCAGUGGGUGUGCUGACCCCACGGAUGCAGGCCCGACGGAGUCGCUCUGCCGAAGGCCCCCGAGGUGUCGCGGUGCUGCGAGACCGAGAGGAGCCUCCGUUCCGGGCGAGGCCCGUGCCGUGGCGCGUCUCAACACCUAUGUAUGAGCAGCUCUUGCUGGAAGAAAGAGAGGCAAGACACACUCGAUGCCGAUCGCGCAGCCUCGAGCUGCUGCGCUCCGCUUCCUUACCGCCUCGAAUGGAGGCUCUCCGCAGGCUGGAGCAGGAGCGCGGACAGGGAAGUCGCUCGCCUGGCCGUGAGGGGCCUUGGCAUGGGGAAGCCUACAGCGCUCGUCGCUGGCUGGCUUCCGAGGCCCAACAGGCCUCCCGUGAUAGCGCUGGCAGAAAACUGGGCUUGGGUCCGGAGUAUGGUUACACUGCCCCAGCGGGGGCAGCAGCAAAACAGGACGGCGUCGGACCAGCCGCUGCCAGGGGGAGCCCCAUGCUGCGGUCUGGAGCCGACCGACGUAGCCCUUCGGCGCCGCGCCGGCCCGAACCGCGAACGGCUGUGACAGAGGUGCCAGACUUUGCCGCUCGCCACGAACACAUGCAGCAGCAGCUGGAGAGGCGGAAGUACUUGAAUCGCUAUGUGACCCAGCCGGAACCCUUCGUGUUCUUCACGCCUUCACGAAGCGAGACUCGCCAGCCACCAAUGCCGAAGGACCCCGGAGAGGAUUGGCGAUACCAUCGGAGAGCAGCUGGUCGGUCGCAGUCCCAAGGCGCACCAGAAGCCAGGGAUCGGCGACCAGUUCGAGUGACUGGCUAUGACAUCAAGCAACGAAGCACGCAGAAGGUCUUGAGCAGUCAGCUAGCAACGAUGAGGAGGCUCCAAGAGAAACGCGAGAAAGAGCAACGUGAAAGGGAAGAGCUGGAGCAGGCACAGGCAGUGGACGAGGAAAUGAAGGAAAGAGUCAAGCAGGCAGUUGGCCCCAUCGAACCGAUGGCAAAGAAAAUCGAGCGCAUGGUAGAUGACAAGCGGCGUGGGCUGCAGAGAGUCCAGAGCCAGAAAAGAAAGGACAUCGACAUGAUGCUCCAACGUGCCAACAACAGACCGUUGCUGAUGCAGCAGGCCGACACUGUUGAACGGGCUCGUCGCAGAGCGCUGUUUCGAGUUCGCAACGCUCUGAGACAAGCCGGUGUGCGCGAUGUGAACCGCCACUUUGGGGAGGAGGAGCUGGACGAGUUGGAUCGAGGAGAUGCUGCCGCUGGCAUCAAGGAAGACGAGGAGUACGCUGAUGACUUCUCGUAG